UGUCAGCAGUCAUGGUGCUGUGGCAGACGUGCUGCCAUUGACGCACGCCCGAAGAUGUCCAGUGCAAACCGCACAGUGGUGGCGUGGGCGGGGCUCCAUUCCCUGCCAGCUGUCGUCGUGGUGAUGCUGCUGCUGCUGGUGGUCCUUGGUAGUGAUGGUUGCUGGUCCUUGAUGCUGGAGCCGCUGCAGUCCUUGGCACCGCGUGAGCGCCAGGAGACGAUCACGCACGAAGAGCGGACCACGCGUGGCCGAGGAGGAGGCGGCGAUAUGAUGGACGACGACGACGAAGAUGACAGGGACCGGCCCUCGACCACGGUCGUCUCAUCGACCCGUCGUCGGGUCGUCAUCCCUGGCCACGACGAUGGCGACUAUCGCGGCCAGCGUCGCCGUGGAGGAGGAGGAGGAGGAGGAGGAGGAGGAGGCAGGAACUGGUUUCUCGUCCUGCCCGCGAAAGCCCUCGAUCCACUGGCCAUCGCUCGGCCAUUGGUUCUGCGACAGCCCUUCUAAACAUGCGGACGUCAGUCGCCAGGCUCUCCGGACAGCGCACGAGAUGCUGCGUCACUAUGAACAGGGCGACCAUUCCCCACCAUACCCUCAUUCCUAAUAAAUUUCAUUGUUACGCACGCUU